UCCGCCCUAAUAACUGAACUACACGCUUCGUCUGGAUUCUAGGGUUUCUUCUCUCGCUUUUAGGUUCUAGCACAGGAGCGGCCUCUCUCUCUCCGCCCCCUGUCCGCUCCUCAAAUUUUCUUCACUUUUCCCUCUAAUUCUCCUUCAUUCUUUAUGCGUUAGCUUUAUUUUCCUUCCCCCGAACGGAUUCACGGCUUGCCCUAAGCCCCGGAUUUCCUAUCAAUUUCUAAAUAGCUCCCUAUCUUUUCAGAAUCCUUCUCAAUCACUUCGAUUGAACGCCCCAUGCAGGUUUCAAAUUCCCUCGAAGCAGGCCCCGUAUCUCUCGAUAACCGCCAAGAAUCGCGCACAACUGUAAAUGCUACUGCUUCAAUUGAUGACAGCAACGACCAAGAAACCAACACAGGCAGUUGCGGUGAUGAUAGCCACAAUGGUGACGGCAAACCCGAGGAUGAACCCGUCAUUGAUGUCUUGAAUCAAAAUCUUGAAUUCUCGUUGUUGGACAAGGCAGAUGAUUCGGUGGAGGGGUUGUACCUUUAUAGGAAUGUGUUCAAUUUGAUACCGAAAGCAGUAGGAAGGCUUUCAAGAUUGAAGACUUUGAAGUUCUUUGGGAAUGAGAUUAAUUUAUUGCCAGCGGAGUUGGGAAAUUUGGGGAGGUUGGAGUGUCUGCAGGUGAAAGUAUCCUCGCCGGGGUUCAAUAGUGGGUUAUCUUUGACCAAAUUGGAGGGCUUGAAGGAGCUGGAAUUGACUAAGGUCCCUCAUCGGCCUUCGGUUUUGAAAAUGUUGAGCGAGAUUGCUGCGCUAAAGUGCUUGACCAAACUUUCUGUUUGUCACUUCUCUAUAAGAUUUGUUCCUCCAGAAAUUGGCUGUGUAAAGAGUUUGGAAUAUUUGGACCUUUCAUUUAAUAAAAUAAAGAGCUUGCCAACUGAAAUAAGUUAUUUGAAGUUCUUGAUAUCACUGAAAGUUGCAAAUAAUAAAUUGAUGGAACUACCUUCGGGUCUGACUGCCCUACAAAGAUUGGAGAACUUGGACUUGUCAAAUAAUCGGUUGACAUCUUUGGGUUCUCUUGAGCUUGGUUUGAUGCAUAACCUUCAAAAUUUGAAUCUUCAGUACAAUAAGCUCCUAAGUUAUUGUCAAAUACCAUCAUGGAUAUGCUGCUAUUUAGAAGGAAAUGGUAAAGACUCCUCCAAUGAUGAGCUCGUCAAUUCUUCAGUUGAAAUGGAUGUAUAUGAAGCCUUUAUUCCAGAGAAUGAUGGAAGUGUUUUUUGUAAUGCUGAUGGGCGGCGUGCUUCUUUUAAUGCCUCUCAUUCCUCAUCAAGCAUAUUAACUGAGACCUCUUCAAAUAGCAGAUGCUUUUCUCCUCGGAGGUCAACUAAGCGAUGGAAGCGGCAGCAGCAUUACUUGCAGCAGAGGGCUCGUCAAGAACGUUUAAACAACAGCAGGAAGUGGAAAGGUGAAGGACUUUCUGAAGGUUUGAAUGUCAAGGCAGAUGGGAUUAGCAAACCUUGCAUUGAAGAUGUAAAGACCUCCAAAAGUUCUGCAGAAGGUGCAUCGGAAGUUCUAGGCCUUGAUGAUGAUAAACAAUUAGUUAAUGUGGAUGCUGAAAGUGAAAAUUUAGGUAUUGAUGUUGAGGAAAAAGUCAGAUUUAGAAAGGGAUUAUAUAAUGAAGACGGGGCUGAAAAUGAAUAUUAUGAGUGUGAAGCAUCUGUAGCCCCUUCACAUGGUGGAGCUGGUACUGAGGAUAAUGGUUCAUCUUCGGAGACAUCCAAGUCUAUUCCCAAGUCAAAGAGGCAUUCUGAUAGCUAUCUAGAUAAUCCAAAACCAUGCAAAUACCAGAGACCAACCAAGGACAGCUUAAUUCUAUCCCAUAAAUAUAGUAAUACUUCAUUGUGUAGUAUUGAUGAUUGUCUACCAGAUGGUUUUUAUGAUGCAGGCCGUGAUAGGCCCUUUAUGCCUCUUCAGAGUUAUGAGCAAAUUUUGAAUCUUGAGUCACGGGAAGUCAUCCUUGUUGACAGGGAAAGAGAUGAAGUAUUAGAUGCCAUUCUCCUCUCUGCUCAAGCUUUGGUAUUUCAGUUGAAGCAAUUGAAUCGUUCUUCCAAAGAUAGGGAUCAGAUUUUUGUUGAUAACCUGCAAAUUGCGUCAUUGCUCGCACUUUUUGUAUCUGAUCAUUUUGGAGGCAGUGAUAGGAGUGCCAUUGUAGAAAGAACACGAAAAGCAGUAUCUGGUUCAAACUAUAAGAAGCCUUUUGUUUGCACCUGUUCAACUGGAAAUAGUGACAAUAUAAGCGCAUCCACCAAACAAAUAUUGGACUCUGUGGAGGAUAUAAUUUUUGCUGACCUCUGUGAGAAAUCAUUACGUUCCAUUAAGUUGAGAAGAAACUCCAUAAUAGUUCCUAUAGGGAGUUUGCAGUUUGGUGUUUGUAGACACAGAGCUUUGCUCAUGAAGUAUCUAUGUGACCGGAUGGAGCCUCCACUACCUUGCGAACUUGUUAGGGGUUACCUGGAUUUCUUGCCGCAUGCCUGGAAUAUUAUUCCUAUCAAACGAGGUGAUUCAUGGGUUCGUAUGAUAGUCGAUGCCUGUCGUCCUCAUGACAUUAGGGAAGAGGAAGAUAUUGAAUAUCUUUGCAGGUACAUCCCCCUUACAAGAGUUAAUGCCUCCAUUGCAGCUAAAAGCAGUCUUGAUCCUGGAUGCUAUUUUCCUUCUCUUUCUGCCUGUGAUGAAACUUUAAGAGCAGCUUCUAGUUCCCUUAUUCGAUGCAAAGUUGGUUCUCUUGAAGCUGCAGCAAAGGUGCGAACAUUGGAAGUGUGUGGGACUUCAUCGGAGGAAGUUAGGGAUUUUGAAUACAAUUGCUUGGGAGAAGUUAGGAUUUUAGGUGCUUUGAAACACUCCUGCAUUGUGGAACUGUACGGACACCAGAUAUCUUCCAAAUGGGUUCCUUCAGCUGAUGGUAAUGUUGAGCAUCGUGUAUUACAAUCUGCAAUUUUGAUGGAGUAUGUGAACGGGGGAUCUUUAAAGAGUCAUAUAGAGAAGCUUUCCAAAGCUGGUGAAAAGCAUCUGCCAAUGGAUUUGGCACUUUGGAUUGCACAGGAUGUUGCGAGUGCAUUAUCUGAGCUUCAUUCGAAACACAUUAUUCAUCGUGACGUAAAAAGUGAAAACAUCCUGAUUGAUUUAGAUGAGAAGAGAGCCGAUGGAGCACCUAUUGUGAAACUUUGUGAUUUUGAUAGAGCAGUGCCACUUCGGUCCUUCUUGCAUACAUGCUGUAUUGCUCAUGCAGGAAUACCUCGUCCUGAUGUUUGUGUUGGAACUCCCCGAUGGAUGGCACCAGAGGUUCUGCAGGCAAUGCAUACACAUAGUAGAUAUGGUUUGGAAGUGGAUAUCUGGUCGUAUGGAUGCCUACUAUUUGAAUUGUUGACUCUUCAAGUUCCAUAUUCUGGCUUGUCUGAAUUACACAUUCAUGAGCUUCUUCAGAUAGGGAAACGGCCACGACUAACAGAUGAAUUAGAGGCUUUGGGGUCUUUGGAUGAACACGCAGCCGUUAAAGUUAGAACAAACCUUGACUUAUCAGAGGCAGAUGUAGAGACACUUAGAUUUCUUAUAGAUGUAUUCAGACGUUGCACCCAAAAAAAUCCAACUGAUCGUCCAACAGCUGGAGACCUCUACGAAAUGUUGCAUUCACGAAGCACUAAUUUCAUGCCUUCAAGAAGUUACAAACAAUUGUAGAUUUAACUUUAGGUAGCAAUUCAUCCCCUUUUCUCUGAUCUUGUCGCACAAACGAUGUUGUAAUAUUAAUCUUUGGUUAGUAGUUUUUGGCUUAGAUCUAUUUGGAAGCCUCAUUUUACUCUCCUUAGGUGCUAAUAAUAAUGCCCAUGAGUGAAAGCUGCAGGCGGCUGAAUCAAAUAUUUGUAAUAUAAUUUUUGUAGGGAGGUACUGUUUUUUCCUGGGCUUAGGCAUGUGUAUAAGUAGACAGAUUAUUUAGAGCUAACGAACCCUUUAUCUCUUUCGUUGUUCAUUUGACAAGGCAAAGCGGAUUCUAUGCUUGCUUAUUUAUGUUGCACUAAGGUAUUAAUCUUAAUGGUCCAUCUGAUGUAA